GCCGCCCCAGGGCGCCGCCAUGGCGGGCGGAGCGCGGCGCCUGUACCGCCGCAUCCUGCAGCUGCACCGCGCUCUGCCACCCGCCCUGCGCGACCUGGGCGACCGCUACGUCAAGGAGGAGUUCCGGAGGCACAAGGCGGCCGGGCCCGCCGAGGCCCAGCGCUUCCUGCGGGAAUGGGAGGCAAGUGCCCGCCGCCCCGCGGGGCAGGGACGCGGCCGGGAGCGGCGGGGCUCGGCGGGGCGCAGGGAAGGCCCCGGCAAGAACUAUGCAGCACUGAUCCAUCAACAAAUUAAUGAGGACAAACAAAACUUGAGAGAAAAGGCUGUAUAUGGACUUCAGCUCACAGAAGAAAAACUUAAUGACUUCCGUGAUGAACAGAUUGGGCAGCUGAAGGAACUGAUGGAUGAGGCUACCAAACCUAAUAAAAAAAUCACCAUUUCUAAAGACUCAGAAUACAAAACCUAAAAGAGUAAAAUUUUUAUUUUAAUGCAUAUGGAAGCAUUUUGAAACUGCUUUUUCCAGUUGUACUUGAAUUUGGUUUCUGUGAGAUAAUGGACGCUGCUGAUGCUAUAAUUUCUCUGAAAUGGAUAUGUUUGGCUUUCUGUGCAAUAAUAAAUGGAAAGAUGGAAUAGGAAUAAUCACAACACUUUUAUGUUAAUUGCAUUUUUUUUCUCCUUUUUUUUGCCUCCUAAUGGAUGUUGAAGACUGAAAGAAUUUGGGAAAAGUAAAUUGACAUUUUUAAAAUAUGGAAUUGUUAAUUUUGGGGUUGUUUUGUAAUCUUGGCACCUAUAGGGCAAAACAUUUUUCUGUUUGUGUAUCAUCCUCUUCCUUAAUGGAAAAUAUGCUAUUAGCAUUUAUUUUCUGGUGAGGAUUCAGUAGGAAAAGGAAUGGUACUAGGGUGGGUUUGUUUGCAUGGAAAGAAAUGAGCAGUAUUAGAAGAUCAUACUGGUGGUGAAAUUGGAAGUUUGUUUUCUUCUUGAGCUUUAUUGUGAAAUGGACUUUAAAAUAAAAGAUGUAGCUGAUUAUUAAAUUAACCUUGAAUCACUCUUA